CAGGCGUUCGUUAGGCGGGCUCUACGUUUCACCGGUAAAACCCUCCGCCGCCGUACUAUCGCCGCUCCCUCCGUCGUUAAAGGACAUGAAAACACCCAGCAACGGCUGGGGCGUGGGAGUUGGCCUCCGGCAGCUUUUCUGCCGGUGUGUUUACCGCCGGAGAAGACGCAGCGAGGGCUUGACAUCACCCCGACCGUGACCGACCUAUUAUCUGCCAUUAAUGACGCCAUUUGUAUCCACGCUGGAGUGAAGACCAACACUCAGGUGAGCCACGGAAGUACAUUGUGAGCAAUCAUGUUCCGAAGCAGCCUGAAGAUGUUGCUGGGAAGCAAAAGCCGCAAGAACAACAGUGGUGGCAGCAGCAUUGAGUCUGCGAGCUCCGAGAUAAGACUGCUGGAGGGAUUCACUCGUUCUCUUCCCUCCUCUCCUCUCCUUAACAUUCGUCCGGCCAAAAGAACAUCCGGUGAGGAGGAGGAGGAGUUAGGGCCGCCUCCCUCAGUGGACGAGGCAGCUGAUGCUCUGAUGACCAGACUGGGCUUUUUAUUGGGAGAAAAGAUCGUCAGCGGAGAGCCUGUCUCCCCUAACCACAGCCAGACUGAUGGGCAGCAGAGAAUAUCCCCUUCCUCCAGUCUGGCCAGCAGCAGCACCUCCCCCUCCUCCACAUUACAGCCCCCUGCUGAAGUGGAGGGUAACAACAACAAUAAACAAACUUCAUCCAUCCAAGCCUGUGUCUCCUCCCCCUCAUCAACCCUGGAGAGUCGAGAUAGUGGCAUCAUAGCCACAUUGACCAGCUAUUCUGUUGAAUCAGCACCAGAGCAUGACGACAACACCAAACACGCCAGUGACGGUUACCAAGGCAGCAGCCUCAAACUCAGGAGACAGGGGGGAUGGCCAGUGGUGACCUCAACCUCUUCCUCCUCUAUGGUUGCGACAGGAAGCUUGAACGAUGACUUCCCGUACAAGGCGGGGGACAGCAUGGCCUCCACAUACAGCCUGAACAAACUCCACCCAGAAUGGGGAAAAGAUGCAAAUCGCUUGUCUGGAUCCACCCACUCCAUCCCGCUCUAUCUUAUGCCCCGCCCAAACUCUGUUGCUGCCACUAGUUCUGCUCACCUUGAAGACCUGGCCUACCUGGAUGAACAGCAAAGGCCCACCCCUUCCAGGUCAUCCCUCAGAAUGCCCAGACAGAAUUCUGGAAGUCGAAGUCAACAGGAGCAGAGAGUUCAGUUCACUCCAUACCUCAAUUUGAAGCCCCUUCACUUUGAAAUUCCUGGACUGUUGUCGGAUUGGCGAUUCACGGGAAGGGAGUGGCUCUUUAAGGAAGUGGACACCUGUCUCCGCAGCGAUGACCCGUCCAUCAACCGAGGGGUGGUCAUUGUUGGAAACAUGGGUUUUGGCAAGACUGCCAUCAUCGCCCGCUUGGUGGCCCUGAGUUGUCAUGGAAACCGGAUGUGGCCAACAUCCACUGGCAUCCAGACACUGCCCAAAUAUGCAGAACCUUUUCCCCAUGAUUCACUGGGAAGAGGGGGCGGCGAUGAAGGAGGAGGGGGAAGCUGUCCAGGGACUCCAGAGAUCAGGAGGAGACAGCAGGAGGCACUACAGAGGCUUGCAGGACAGGUAGUUUGCUAUCACUUCUGUCAGGCUGACAACUGCCACACGUGUCUGGUUCCGGAGUUUGUCCAUACCCUGGCGGCGAGGCUGACUGAGGCCCCUCAGCUGUCAGCAUAUCGAGAGCUGCUGCAUCGAUCACAACAGCUUCAGAGCUCACUCAGCCUGCGGUCCUGCAUCCAAAACCCAAGCUCAGCCCUCCAGAAAGGAAUCCUAGAACCACUAGAUGCUCUCUACAAGGAGAAGGCGCUGCAUCUGGACGGGGCAGGGAUCAUUUUACUGAUCGAUGGCCUAAACGAGGCAGAGUUCCAUCGGCCGGAUUACGGUGACACACUCACCACCUUUUUGUCACGAAACAUUCACACGUUUCCUCCAUGGUUGAAGAUCAUCGCCACUGUCAGGACCAGUCAACAGGACAUCACUCGGUCUCUACCUUUUUACCGGAUUUCUUUAGACAAGAUGGAGGAAAACAGCGCCAUAGAUCAAGACCUGCAGGGUUACCUGAUGCAACGAAUCCACAGCAGCCGUGAGAUUCAGAGCAACGUGUCGCUAAGCAAUGGUCGCCUUGACAACAUGGCUUUGGCCAAGCUGAUAAGCCACUUGAAGACCUUAAGCAAAGGCUCCUACCUCUACCUGAAAUUGACCAUGGACUUGAUUGAGGGAGGAUACUUGGUCCUCAAGAGCUCCAGCUUCAAGGUGGUCCCAGUAAGCCUCGCCGAGGUGUACCUGCUGCAACUGAACAUGCGGUUUCCCACACAGUCGUCUUUUUUGCGGGUUCUACCACUGCUCAAUGUGACCGUGGCAUCACUGCACCCACUGACCGAACAACAGCUCUUUGAGGUGGUGAAUGCGGGCACCCUAACAGGAGGGGCAAUGCAAUGGACUGAGUUUGUGCAGCGCCUGGAGCAGCUGUCACCUUUCCUGCUCCUGCGGACUGAUGGGAGUAGGAUGCUAAACCACACUUCCUUCAGGGAAUGGCUGGUAUGGAGGGAGGAAGGACAGGAUGACAGGUUUUUGUGCGACCCCAGGAGCGGUCACACUUUGCUGGCCUUCUGGCUCUGCAGACAAAGAGGAAAGUUGAACGUGCUGCAGACACUUGAGCUGGGACAUCACAUCUUGAAGGCUCAUAUCUACAAGGGCUUAAGCAAGAAGCUCGGGAUUCCCUCCUCAAUUCUGCAGGGCCUUUGGCUUUCCUACAGCACAGAGAGCUUGAAUGAGGCACACUCAUCCUUGCGAAACCUUUACACCCCAAACAUUAAGGUUAGCAGACUUCUGAUUAUGAGUGGUGCUGAUGUGGAUUAUCGCAGUGGUGUCCUGAAUAAUGCUCCACUGCUGUGUGUCCACGCUCACCUGGGCCACAAUGAUGCUGUGGCACUCUUACUCGACCACGGAGCUCAGGUGGAUGCAAAGUCUCAGGAUGGCUUGACUGCGAUGGGAUUUGCUGCUUCAGCUGGACACCUGGACGUUAUCACCCUGCUGAGUCAGCACAAAGCCAAAGCGGGUCACGUGGACAGAUCAGGUCGGUGCGUGUUGGUGCACGCAGCUCAGCGGGGCCACCUCCAGGUGCUACGCUUCCUGUUGAAGCUUGAGGACUGGAGCUGCACUUCCUGCUGUGGUCACAGGGGGGUGAGCAGGAGCCAGGCGGUGCAGCAGGCACUGAUUGCAGCAGCCAGCAUGGGCCAUUCAGAGAUCGUGUCUCAUCUCCUGGAUCCUCCAGAUGGAGAUGAUAAAGAGGAGGAAAGACCUGAAAUCAACACGCCUGACAGUCUGUGGGGAGAGACAGCCUUGACAGCCGCAGCAGGAGGAGGCAGGUUGUCAGUCUGCACGCGGCUGCUGGAUCAAGGUGCUGCUCUGCAGCAAAGCAGCAGGCGGGGGGUCGUGCCACUCUUUUGUGCAGUGCGGGGUGGCCACUGGCAGGUGGUGGAGCUGUUACUAAGUCACGGGGCUGAGGUCAACAUGAUGGACCAGCAGGGUCGAACCGCCUUGAUGACAGCCGCAUCAGAGGGUCACAUGACUACGGCCAAAUUGCUGCUGGAUCAUGGGGCCUCUCUGGAUCUGGCCGACAGGGAAGGUUUAACGGCGCUGAGUUGGGCCUGUCUGAAAGGUCAGCUCCAAUUGGUCAGAGAGCUGGUGGCGAGAGGUGCAACCACCACACACACCGACCGCAGCGGUCGAACACCUCUGGACCUGGCUGCCUUCCGUGGCGACCCCGAAGUGGUGCAGCACCUGGUGGAUCACGGAGCGUCCGUGGAGCACGCCGAUUCCAGUGGGAUGCGUCCUCUGGACCGAGCGGUCGGCUGCAGGAACACUUCAGCGGUUAUCGCUCUGCUCAAAAAGGGGGCCAAGAUAGGACCUGCAACGUGGGCUAUGGCUACAUCUAAACCAGACAUUCUAAUGGUUCUCAUUAGCAAACUGGUCCAAGAGGGGGACAAACUGUACAAGCAAGGUAACGUGAGGGAGGCUGCUCAUUCCUAUCAGUCAGCGCUGCAGAAGUUUCCGGUGGAUGAGAUGAAGACCUUCAGACAGCUGAGGGUGUGUGUGCUCCUCAACCUGUCACGAUGUCGCCGCAAGAUGAAUGAUUUCAGCCUCGCUGAGGAGUUUGCCACUAAGGCUCUGGAACUGAAAGCCAAAUCUUACGAGGCCUUCUAUGCCCGGGCUCGUGCCAAACGCAGUCGCAGGCAGUUUCAUGCAGCCCUUGAAGACCUGUUGGAGGCCAGCCGCCUGUGUCCCUCCAACCGAGAGAUUCAGCGCCUUCUCUCUCGGGUCAAGGAAGAGUGUCGACAACAAGACUCUUCCACUCCCUCCACGCAACAUGUUUGUCAAGGAAACUUCUCCGCCAGUGAUGCCAGGGGCAGAGAUCCCGAGGAGGAGACCUCUAAGGAUGCAGACAAUGAAGAGGAUAGAAGUCAGUGGAAAGGAAAUGUUUCUGCGCCCAUGAUCCAAAGUCUUAACAUCUACGGUUGCCCAGGAGUCCAGAGCGUACCUUCGUCCGUCUCACCAACGCGUUUAUAUCAUCCCCAAGCCAGUCCGACCCACUCGCCCUCUCUCUCUGCACCUCCGCCUCCAUCCUCUUAUCAGUGUUUCAGUCCCCCAACUUCUCCACGGCAGCGUCCUCAACCAACCAGCCCCCUGUUGGAACGUCAACCCAGUCACAUUCAGAAGGUGUUAUCGGCUCAGCACCCAGACCAGAACCAGGGAGUACAAGCCUAUCAACAACAGGCACAUUUAAGAUCGUUCCAGAACCAGAACCAGUGGCUCCAGCAAGCCAAAGUCCAGCUAGUCCGAACAAGCCAACCCAGUUCAGCGAUUCAUUCCAGUGUGGUUUUGGGGAGUUCAGGCUACUCUCAGUUUGCCCAGCUGCCACAGGAACUCGCUGAACUAGGGGACGGUAUUUGUCCGAGCCCCUUUGAUAUGCAACCCAACCAGCAGGCGCAUGCAGGUCUGGGCCCUGGAACUUCAUAUAAACAAGAUAAUGUGGAUGUUGACCUGGUCUGCCAAUCAAGACCUGCACCUGUGUAUGGGAGAGGAGGAGGAGAUCGAGUAGGGAUGAGUCAUUUCGUACAGGGCCGUCAGUUCUGCCGCAACCAAUCCAAAGCAGCCUACUACCCCAUGGAAGUAACUGAAGGCCCACAAGAUGAUCACCAGUACCUCCACCAGGGGGGACUACGACGCCCACUUAGUGCUCACCCGAACUCCCCUGCCUUUCCCCAGAGACCUGCCCACCACUCCCAGAGUCCCAAUGUCCGAUUCUCCACCAGCAGCGGCAGCCUCGCGAGCGGGCAGCAGGCCAACCGAGGUGCGGCUUUCAGGACCUCAGCCUCCACCCAGCACAUUGACUUACCUCUGCACAUUCCCACAGGAGAGGUGAUCGGUCAUCGUGACGACCUUGUCCUGAUCUCCUCGCCGCAGCCAGACACUUGCCUAGUCGGAGGCGGCACUUAUCCCGGAGAGGCCGGCCGUUCCAGGACCACCCCUUACAUGGGUCUUAAUGACAAGUCCGUGAGGACACAAGGUCCUCCUACUUCCUCAUCCGUCCUCAGCCCCUCUCGAUCCUGGGCCGUGUCUUCGGUGGACACCAUCGUCACGUCGCCGGGAAAAACCCCCACCAAACAGGCGGAGUCGAGCCAGUUCCAACAGCCCUUCUCCAUCGCCUACCACAACCGCAGCAACAACAACGGCCAUUAUGACCAGCAGCCGUCCUACUACGACGUGCUGCCGAGCCACACCCCUGCGGGUCAAGUUGGCGCUCACAAGUUCCCUUACCUUGACGUGAAGCUCGCUCGAACACUGCCCGUCAACAGAAAGCCUUGUCCGACCUCACCCGUGAAAGCCAAAAGACCCUUUGUAGAGUCCAAUGUAUAAGACAGGAGGAAGGAAUUCGGGGAAAAAAAACAUUGAGAUGCUUGAAGAUCCAACUUGCGUUAAGUGUUGAGGUCUGGGUGUACUCGCUCCAGGCGCACCCGACACCGUUUGGCUCGUGUGAGCGCUCUGAUUUCUGAUCAACUUGGCUGCACUUGAUUGGAAGAGGUGGGGCCAGGCCACGGCAGCCAAUGACUGUAAUGCGAGGAGCGAUCGCACGGCCGCAUUCCAAAAAACAUCAAAAGACCCAAAAUCAGGGAGCCAAAUCUUCUAUUUAUUUUACAUAAAAUUCAUUAUUAAAGAGAUAAAUUAUUAAAUAUUAGACUAGUCUUGUAUACGCUAAGCUAAGAUGUUUUGUUUAGCAUACAGUAGGAAGGUCAUUCAUACUGCCCUGACACAUGAAACGUGACAAAUUGGGGGGUUGGAUUAUCCACUCCCACCGCCAGAUGGCAGUAAAGUGCUGAACAUCUUAAAAUGCGUUUUGAGGCAAUUCCAACUUUGACCACAGUAUCAAUUGCUAUGUGCUGCACUUUCCAUCAUUUUCAGCUCACUUGCAUUGCAAAAUGAUUAACCCCCACCCCUUCUUCCAUAUGAAUGCCUUCCCUUCUGCACAUUAAGGUACAUCAGUUUGGGGCAUAAAUGGACCUGUGUGCAGUUUUUCCCCUCCCUGGAAAAAGUUUGGGAGUCCACCAACGGUCCUCAAGUCAGGAAUGCGAUCGCUCCUCCUAGCCAGCAGAAGGAAACACAGCAAGUACAGAGUGGUGAUGUCACCAAGCACAAAUGUCAUUCUUUUAGGAAAAAGAUGAAAUGCGACGGUAGUGACCGGGGGGGGGGGGGCAAUGAGUCACGUAUGCAAAUAUUGUACAUUUAAUUUCAGAAGGCUCUGGCUACAAAAAAAAAAACGUGCGCUGGUGUAUAAAGUUGCCAUUUUGUUUAGCAUUUAGCAGGACAGGACAACGUGUGUUUGGGAAGGCAUUGUUUGGCUUUCCCCUGCACAUCUUUUUAGAACACGAAAGUUAACGUGAAGUGAAGCUCAAUGUUGUGUCGAGAUGAACGCUUCACUGCUACGUCGCCGUUUGCAGGAGUGCUCCAAAAUCGAGAUAUCGCCGCUGUUAGGUUCAAAGGGAAAAAUCUAAUGAAAUGCGUAGUUCAUUAGUGACAUUUGGGACCAUGUAUGAAUUGUUUUGUUUAUUUGAAUAGCCGGAACAAACCAAACCUACACACGGAUAAGUUCUAACAUGUUUGCAGCCAGAGGUUAGGGACGUGCCAGCACCUAUUUCACCAUCUGGAAACAUGUUUAACCUUAUAACAUUUUACCAAAACAUCAGCUUUUAUUUUGAAAUCCACCCUCGGACUGGUUAGUGCUGCAGAAUUAUUUCCCAUUUACAUUUAAAAGGCAGAAUAUCUUGUUAGCUUCCUUCGUCACCCGCAAACAAUGACUAUUAAAGGGAGUCGGAGUGUUAUCGCAGCUGGAACAAACCAAUCACUUUUUAUGCAAGCCUUCUCUGAUUUCAGAUCAACAUUUGGGGUCGGGUUGGGUGAGGGACGUGCUAGCACCUAGCAAACAUGCUGUGCACUAUUUCACCAUCUGAAAACAUGUUUAAUCUCAUAAUAACAUUUAUCAAAACAUCAGCUUUUAUUUUGAAAUCCACCCUCGGAGUGAUUAGUGCUGCAGAAUUAUUUCCCAUCUACAUUUAAAAGGCAGAAUAUCUUGUUAGCUUCCUUUGUCACCCGCAAACAAUGACUAUUAAAGAGAGUCGGAGUGUUAUUGCAGCUGGAACAAACCAAUCACUUUUUAUGCAAGCCUCUGAUUUCAGAGCAACAUUUGGGGUCGGGUUGGGUGAGGGACGUGCUAGCACCUAGCAAACAUGCUAUGCACUAUUUCACCAUCUGAAAACCUGUUUAAUCUUAUAAUAACAUUUACCAAAACAUCAGCUUUUAUUUUGAAAUCCAGGAAUUCUCUGCUGGAACGCUCGUGUCUCCUUGAGCUAUUAGCUUGUUAGCUUACUUUGUCACCCGCAAACAAUGACUAUUAAACAGAGUCGGAGUGUUAUUGCAGCUGGAACAAACCAAUCCCUUUUCAUGCAAGCCUUCUCUGAUUUCAGAUCAACAUUUGGGGUCGGGUUGGGUGAGGGACGUGCUAGCACCUAGCAAACAUGCUAUACACUAUUUCACCAUCUGAAAACAUGUUUAAUCUUAUAAUAACAUUUACCAAAACAUCAGCUUUUAUUUUGAAAUCCACCCUCGGAGUGAUUAGUGCUGCAGAAUUAUUUCCCAUCUACAUUUAAAAGGCAGAAUAUCUUGUUAGCUUCCUUCGUCACCCGCAAACAAUGACUAUUAAAGGGAGUCGGAGUGUUAUCGCAGCUGGAACAAACCAAUCACUUUUUAUGCAAGCCUUCUCUGAUUUCAGAGCAACAUUUGGGGUCGGGUUGGGUGAGGGACGUGCUAGCACCUAGCAAAUAUGCUAUACACUAUUUCACCAUCUGAAAACAUGUUUAACCUUAUAAUAACAUUUAUCCAAACAUCAGAUUUUAUUUUGAAAUCCAGGAAUUCUCUGCUGGAACGCUGGUGUCUCCUUAAGCUAUUAGCUUGUUAGCGUCCUUCGUCACCCGCAAACAAUGACAAUUAAAGAGAGUCAGAGUGUUAUUGCAGCUGGAUCAAACCAAUCACUUUUAUGCAAAUGUUGAUCGGAAAUCAGAGAAGGCAAGACUUCUCUGAUUUCCGAUCAACAUUUGGGGUUGUGUUAGGUAUGGGACGUGCUAACACCUAGCAAACGUGCUAACCACUAUUUUAUUAUCCGAAAAUAUGCUUUACCUUAUAAUACUUACCAAAACACCAGCUUUUAUUUUGAAAUUUGCCUAUUGAGUGUUGCAGUGUAUCACACUUACUAAUUUUCCAUUUACACUCAAAAGACAGAGUAUGGAAAAUAUCUAUUCUAUCCUAGUUUAAUUUAUUUUAUUAUAAAAAAUGAGUUUUUAAGGUUAAGAAGCCCACCUUCCAAACGUUGAUACGAAAUCAGAGAAGGCUUACUUUUUUCAUUAUUGCAUAGCGAUUGCUGAUCCAAAAUCAGACACGGUUUGCAUUCUCUGAUUAGCGCAUAGAGGAAGUUUAUCCAAAUUUUCUGAUUUCAGAUCAGCACUUGAAAAGGUUGGGCUUUAUAGCCUUGAAAACUGCAUUUUAGAUUAAAACUUGGGCAGGGUGGAUAUUUUUCCAGCACUCAUCUUCCAUGUUCUGCCUUUUAAGUGUAAAUGGGAAAUUGUUAAGUUUGAAACACUCCAUAGGCAAAUUUCAAAAUAAAAGCUAGUGUUUUGGUAAAUAUUAUAAAGUAAAACAUGUUUUCACAUAGUAAAAUAGUGGUUAGCAUGUUUGCCAGUCGCUAGCACACUUCUUACCCAACACAACCCCAAAUGUUGAUCCAAAAUCAGAGAAGGUUUACCUUCUCUGAUUUCGAAUCAACAUUUGGGAAGGUAGUCUUUAUAGCCUUGAAAACUGAAUUUUUGAGUCAAAUAAAAACACUCGGGCAGGAUGGAUAUUUUACAACUCUUCCGUAUUCUGCCUUUUACACGUAAAAGGGAAAUUAGUCACACUGCAGCGCUAAACUCUCCAAAGGCAAAUUUCAAAAUAAAAGCUGGUGUUAUGGUAAAUAUAAGGUAAAACAUGUUUUCAGAUAGUAAAAUAGUACUUAGCAUGUUUGCUAGGCGCUAGCCGAUCCCUUACCCAAUCCAACCUCAAUCGUUGAUCCAAAAUCAGAGUAGGUUUACCGUCUCUGAUUUUGGAUCAACAAUUGGGAAGGUAGGCUUUUUUUUCCUUGAAAACUGAAUUUUUGAGUCAAAUAAAAACACUUGGGCAGGAUGGAUAUUUUACAACUCUUCCAUGUUCUGCUUUUUACGCGUAAAAGGUAACUUAGUUUCAUACACUGCAGUGCUAAACUCUCCUAAGGCAAAUUUCAAAAUAAAAGCUGGCGUUUUGGUAAAUAUAAGGUAAAACAUGUUUUCAGAUAGGAAAAUAGUGUUUAGCAUGUUUGCUAGGCGCUAGCACGUCCCUUACCCAACCCAACCUCAAUCGUUGAUUCAAAAUAAGAGGUUUACCUUCUCUGAUUUUGGAUCAACAUUUGGGAAGGUAGUCUUUAUAGCCUUGAAAACUGCAUUUUUGAGUCAAAUAAAAACACUUGGGCAGGGUGGAUAUUUUACAACUCUUCCAUGUUUCUGCCCUUUAAGUGUAAAUGGGAAAUUGGUAAGUUUUAAACACUCCAUAGGCAAAUUUCAAAAUAAAAGCUAGUGUUUUGGUAAAUAUUCUAAAGUAAGACAUGUUUUCAGAUAGUAAAAUAGUGGUUAGCAUGUUUGCUAGUCGCUAGCACACUCCUUACCCAACACAACCCCAAAUGUUGAUCCAAAAUCAAGAAGGUUUACCUUCUCUGAUUUCAAAUCAACAUUUGGAAGGUAAACUUUAUAGCCUUGAAAACUGACUUUUAGAGUAAAAUAAAAACACUUGGGCAGGGUGGAUAUUUUACAACUCUUCCGUGUUCUGCCUUUUAAGUGUAAAAGGGAACUUAGUUUCAUACACUGCAGUGCUAAACUCUCCAAAGGCAAAUUUCAAAAUAAAAUCUGGCGUUUUGGUAAAUAUAAGGUAAAACAUGUUUUAAGAUAGUAAAAUAGUGUUUAGGAUAUUUUACAACUCUUCCAUGUUCUUCCCUUUAAGCUUAAAAGGGAAAUUAGUCACACUGCAGCGCUAAACUCCGAAGGCAAAUUUCAAAAUAAAAGCUGGCGUUUUGGUAAAUAUAAGGUAAAACAUGUUUUCAGAUAGUAAAAUAGUAUUUAGCAUGUUUGCUAGGCGCUAGCACGUCCCUUACCCAACCCAACCUCAAUCGUUGAUCAACAUUUGUUCCAGCUGCAAUAACACUUCCCGACUCUCUUUAAUUUGGUGAUUGUCUACAAAUAUAGUGACAACAUGUUUAAGCUGUUUUUUGCCCCGACGCUCCUUUUUUUUCUUGGCUUUCUGGGCCAAAAUAGGCGGUGCUUACGUAGUUUGACUCCGCCUUCAAAUCCUGCCCAGAUAGUCCUUCUUACCAGAGCUGCCACACACCUGAAAGUGGAGCGGGGGGAAAGACCAAAGGGCUGACCUCCUCCUCCUCACAAGCACAACACCCGCAGAAACAUCAGCUGUAAGAAAAUAGUAUUUAAGUUGUGUCUUUUAAAAUGUUGACUUUCUACACCUCUUUUACUCCCAAAAUGAAACAUGUUGAUAUUAUUUUUGUCAUUUCACAUUUGAAAUAUUAGGACCGCCCACAGCAAAAGUCCAACUAGGGUUAUAAAAGGUAGGUUAGAAAAAUAAAAAGAUGUCUUUUAAUUGCCUCAUAAAGGUCAACCUAAGUCUAAUUCCGUGCAUUUUUGUGUGAUGAUUCUUGUAUCGCCAUGGAAACGAGCGACAUCUGAAGUCCCAACACAAGUUAGAACAUUUCCGGACAAAUCUUUUUUCUGUGCGACUUAAGUUGUGUUUUGUGAACAUUGUUGCUGUUUUGUGUACUUUGUUGUUGUUGUUGUUGUUGUUGUUGUACCUGACCAGUGCUCAUCCUCAAGUGACCUCUGACCUUCUCCUGGUCUCAGUCUGAGUGGAAACACUGAGACCGUGGAGUGGAUGCAAAAACAUUAAAGUGACAACUUGACUGUUUGUGUCUUGUUGUUGUUUACAAGAAUUACAAUCACACUUUUUAAGCUUCAAAAAAAAAAAGGUAAGGCAUAAUAAAUAUAAAAUACUGCUAAGUCAUUCAAAUACAUUUGAAAUGUUCAAUUAAAAGCAUUUAUGCAAAAAAUACAUUUUCCAUCCAUCCAUUUUCUACCGUUUGGCCAUUUUGGGGUGGCGGGAGGUGCUGGAGCCUAUCUCAGCUGCA